GGAGGGGGGGGGGGGCUCGUACUCCAGUUGACAGAGCAAUGGCUCCGUGUCUCUGACUUCUGUCUCAGUGCUUCCCUUGGGGGCUGAGCGGCGGCUGCCCUGCAUCUCUCCGUCCUCCUAAAGAUGCACCCGGACUUGUCUCCACACUUGCACACCGAAGAGUGCAACGUCUUGAUUAACUUGCUUAAGGAAUGCCACAAAAAUCACAACAUUCUGAAAUUUUUUGGUCAUUGCAACGAUCUCGAUCGGGAGAUGAGGAAGUGCUUGAAGAAGGAGUACACAGAGAAGAGGACCAGGAGCAGGGAGCACGGUGCUGCGAUGCGGAAGAGGCUUUCCAGUCUUCCAGAGGAAGCUGGGAGAUAGCUCCCUGGAUGCCUCAGCUGGAGACCUGAAGAUGGC